AUGUGUGAUGUUACAGCCAAGAACUAUGUUUGGUUCCAAAACCGCCGCGCAAAAUGGCGUCGUCAAGAAAAGAUGGAAGCAGCCCGAUUGGGUCUCUCCGAAUACGGCUGUGGUGCUGCUGGGGCUCUACCCAGGCUUGGCGGUCUGGGACUUCCUGUAGACCCUUGGCUUGCGCCUCCACUACUUACAGCGCUGCCAGGUUUCCUAAGUCACCCUCCAUCAGGUUACCCAAGUUACCUAACACCACCGGCUCCGGCAUCAAGUGGUGCCCCACCAGAUCCCCGUUCUUCAUCCAUAGCGGCCCUACGUAUGAAGGCGAAGGAACACGUUGAGAGCCUCAAUAAAGGACUACAAAUGGUCUAA